AUGGAACGACCGAGACUUACGGAAGACUUCUACAACAGUGAUACGGGAAUUAUUCGUGAUGACACAAACCCCUCGAACCAACAGCUCUCCAACCGCAACACCCAGGUGGUUUCGGCAUCGUCUGCAGGUAUCCGUGCUAUUUUGUAUCAAAUCACGUCGGCAUAUAUGAGAAAUCCUGCGAAGCUGUUCCGGCCGUCUCGUUUUGAUUAUCUUACCACUGCUCGUGCGCUUUUGCAUGGAGAGCUUGCGUCCAAACCGUGGAGUUUACGAACACAUUCAGGAAUAGCUUUGUUAUACCAAUCAAUCAAACGAGAAGGAUGGAAUUUCAUUCCGCGACAGGUUCUGCCCCCGAUUAUUGCCAAUAGUGCCAUUGGACUGAUCUUAUACUCGACAUAUCUGACGGUGUUGCAGCAGUUUAACAAGAAAAAUAUCAAAUCACUUGAAGACCCAAGACCGAUCGAUACAUUUAGAGCGGGUUUCAUAGCCGGUGCCGCUGCAAGUGUGGCAGCAUCUCCUAUCGACGCUCUUUAUGCCAGAUCCAGCUAUUCCGAGCUGGUCAAUGGAAAACAGAAGAGUCUCUGGGAGUAUGGAGUCUAUAAGUUGAGACAGAUCGGUCCUGUUGGAAUAUUUGCCGGAUUCAGUUUAAACUUCAUUAAAGAAAGUCUUGGGUUUGCGUUUUAUUUCUCAGUCUUUGAGCUGGUCAAAAACCAAGGCUACCAUAAAACAGAGGGAAUGAUUCAAUGGUACAGACAUUGGCGCUCAAAGCUGUUCCACACUCCUUCCAAUCCUCAGGAAAAUACCAGAUCUAUGAAAGUUCUAAACCUAGGAUUUAUUUUGUUGGCUGGUGCCAGUGCAGCUACCACCUUAUUGGCAAUCCAAUACCCGCUUAACAAGGUGCAACAAGUCCAUUUGUCUAGACUGGAAUCAUUAGACCUGUACAAUGAGGCUCAUCAGGUCGAUCGUCGCCGUUUUUUCAAGCUCUACUAUAAUUCCUACAUCGAAACCUUUGAAAUCAUGUUGCAACGGUGGCGCAAAUCGCAUCUCACGCUCUUUGGGUUCUGCUAUAGAGGCUUUUUCCGCUCGUCAUUCACAAGUAUUCCCGCCACCUCUAUUGGGCUGUUGGUCUUUGAGAUCUCGCGCCAACAGCUAAGUGAAUCUCCAAUUCUAGAAUCAUAA